AUGGCUCAAAGUCAGAGAUCUCGGUACCUGAAGACAGGAGCCAUUAUUGGCGCCCUGCUGUUGAUGAUCCUAUGGCUCUCGCCCUCGAGGCCAGUAACGACCAGUCUUCCCCAGGAAAAACCAUCGAGCGGCGUCGCGGGAGCGACGGAAAAAUGCUCGAAGCCUUACGACUCAUCGAAGCCUUUGAUCCAAUAUGCGCUCAUGAUCGAUGCUGGCAGUCAAGGCUCUCGUAUCCACGUCUACCGAUUUAACAACUGCGGCCCUACCCCCGAACUUGAGCACGAAGAAUUCGAGCAGACUGAAAAGAAGGCGGGUGGCUCUGGCCUGAGCUCGUACAAGGAAGAUGCCGAAGGAGCGGCCAAGAGUCUUGACCCUCUCAUGCAGGUGGCCAUGAGAACUGUCCCUGAUGAAUACAAGUCUUGCUCCCCGGUCGCCGUGAAGGCCACUGCCGGACUGCGGAUGCUUGGACCAGAGAUGAGCCAGAACAUCCUGGAAGCGGUCCGGACCCGUUUGGAGACUGCCUACCCCUUCCCCGUUGUCUCCCGUGAGAAGGGAGGUGUUGAGAUCAUGGAUGGCUCCGACGAAGGUGUCUACGCCUGGAUCACCACCAACUACCUUCUUGGCAAGAUUGGCGGCCCCGAUGAGACCCCCACCGCUGCCAUCUUCGAUCUGGGUGGUGGAUCUACUCAGAUCGUCUUCCAACCCACCUUCGAGAAGAGCCAGUCUGGUGGUAUGCCAGAGCACCUGGCCGAGGGUGAUCACAAGUAUGACCUUCAGUUCGGCGGACGACACUUCGAACUUUACCAACACUCCCAUCUCGGAUAUGGUCUCAUGGCCGCCCGCGAUUCGAUUCAUAAGUCCAUCGUCGAGUCGAUGCUGGCCGCUAGCCCCGAUGAUUUGAGGUGGAUCAAGCAGCCCAUCCCUAACCCCUGUAUCGGCCCUGGCAUGGAGCGUGAGAUCAAGUUGACCUUCUCCAGCGAGCACCGCCUCGGAAAGGAGGUUACUGUCAAGAUGAUGGGUCCGAAGGAAGGAGUGUCCUCGGCUGCGCAGUGUCGCGGGUUGGCCGAGAAGCUGCUGAAGAAGGAUGCCGAGUGCAAGCUGGCCCCCUGCUCCUUCAACGGCGUUCAUCAGCCGUCGCUCGAGAAGACCUUCGCCAGAGAGGAUGUGUACAUCUUCUCCUACUUCUUUGACCGCACCAAGCCUCUGGGUAUGCCCGACUCGUUCACUCUGGAAGAGCUGCACCAGCUCACCUCCACCGUCUGUGGCGGCGAGGCGCAAUGGGGCAUCUUCGAAGGCAUCGCCGAUGCGCUGCCCCAGCUGCGCGACCGGCCGGAGUGGUGUUUGGACCUGAACUUCAUGCUGGGCCUGCUCCAUACGGGUUACGAAAUGCCUCUGUCGCGUGAGGUCAAGAUCGCCAAGAAGAUCAAGGACAACGAACUGGGAUGGUGUUUGGGUGCCAGUCUGCCCUUGCUGAGCCAGGAAUCUGGCUGGACCUGCCGCGUGAAGGAGAUUUCCUAA